CGGGUACACACUCAGACAGGCAGAGCAUAACUUUGUUGUGUCCGUCAGCAUCCACGGGGCAUUGCUCGAGGUCAAACGACUGCUGUAGGCCGUCUACGAACGGUGUAGAAGCGCUUGUCAGAAGACCGCGUUCACGCAGCGCAGCAGCUCGGCCAAAACUGUGCGAUCCAGCAUGCUCCGCAUCAGUCUCUUGCUCGCCGGCGCGCGCGCGCUCCAGGCGCCGCCGCGCGCGCACCGCGCGACGCACUUGCGCGCUGCCGAGGCCGCUUUAGCCGUCGACGCGGCCGACGCGUUCGACCAGUUCGGCGUCGCCGCCGUCGCCGCCUCGGCCAAGCUGGCGUCGCAGGACCCGGCCGGCGAGAAACCGAGCGACGCCCAGACGCGCGGUGUUGUUUUAGCUACGGCCGCGGCGGGCGCCGUCGCCGUGCUCGCGGCCGCGCCGAAGACGGCGCGCGCGUCGAUCGCCGAGCCGGUCCAGCCCGCCGUGGCGAGCGGCAUCCCGAACAAGCUCGCGCGGCAGCUGCUGCAGAUCGAGCGGCUGAACGUCGACUCCAACGGCUCUGGAGACAGAAGGACGCACAAGCCGCGCCUGGACAUCUCGGGCAACUCCGCGAAAGUGUGUAUUGACGGCUACGAGCCCGAGGGCAGCGAUCGGGUCCAGUUCAUCUGGCUCAAGAACGAAGAGGCGGACGCGAUUGUGGCGGCGAAGGUUUGAUGCUGUGUGGAAAUCAAACCAUCGACGCGACGUCGUCCCCCUGACUGUAUCUGCUCGAUGGCGUGGAGAUUCUAAGCCAUCGACGCGACGUCGUCCCCGUGAUGCAUCUGCUCGAUGGUAUAACUCACUGGUCGAUUUCCACACAGGAAUUCCCCGAGAACUUCAAGGGCACGCCCAUGCUGUCUUGCAGCGUGACUCCCGGUAGAACGUACGCGCCGUGCGCGUACUUCACGACGCACGGGCUGUGGCUCGGUAGGUCGGAGACGGCGUAGUGGAGUGCUCUCGGGAGUAACUCAACAUUACGUUAGUUCUGGACACAUUUGGGGGGGACUAGACUUGGAGGGGUGGGCCCGCCGGUCGGGUCCGCGGCGAAAGGGCGCCGCGGGCCGUCACAGAGGCAGGGCUGAGGGAAAGCGAGGGCUCUAGCACGG